CAAACAGAUCUAAUUUCUCACUUUCCCUCAUUUCGCAUUUUGGCCAACUCACCAUUCUCCUCGGGACGAGGCCUCACGCGAUAACUAUCCUAAUGGCUCCGUUUCCGUCUGAGAACGGCGUCGAAGGAGACGACGAGAGAGAAGAGGAAGAUGAAGAGGAAGAAGAGGACGAAGAAGAAGUGGAAGAUGAAGAAGACGAAGAGGAACCGAGGCUCAAGUACCAGAGAAUGGGAGGUAGCAUACCUUCGCUGCUAGCGAGUGACGCCGCGUCAUGUAUUGCCGUCGCGGAGCGGAUGAUCGCUCUCGGCACUCACGGCGGCACCGUUCACAUCCUCGAUUUUCUUGGGAAUCAGGUUAAGGAAUUCUCCGCACAUGCUUCUGUUGUCAACGACCUUAGCUUUGACACAGAAGGUGAAUAUAUUGGAAGCUGUUCUGAUGAUGGAUCAGUUGUGAUAAACAGCCUUUUCACUGAUGAGAAAUUAAAGUUUGAUUACCAUCGGCCGAUGAAGGCAGUUGCCUUGGAUCCAGAUUAUGCAAAGAAAAUGUCCAGGAGAUUUGUCGCUGGAGGUUUGGCUGGUCAUUUAUAUUUGAAUUCAAAGAAAUGGCUGGGCUACCGUGAUCAGGUUUUGCACUCUGGUGAAGGUUCAAUACAUGCUGUGAAAUGGAGAGCAAGUCUUGUUGCAUGGGCUAAUGAUGCAGGAGUGAAGGUUUAUGAUACUGCCAAUGACCAGCGUGUUACAUUUAUUGAAAAACCACGAGGAAGCCCACGCCCUGAGCUUUUACUUCCUCACCUGGUCUGGCAGGAUGAUACCCUCUUGGUAAUUGGAUGGGGAACAUCUGUCAAAAUUGCUUCAAUAAGGACAAUUCACCAAAGGGCAGCGAAUGGGUCGUUCAGACAGGUUCCUCUGUCUGGUGUGGCCCAGGUGGAUAUCGUGGCAUCUUUCCAAACCAGCUAUUUCAUCUCAGGGCUUGCUCCCUUUGGUGAUGCUUUGGUUGUUCUAGCAUAUAUUCCUGGAGAAGAUGGAGAUAAGGAUUUUAGUAGCUCAGCUCCUUCACGGCAGGGCAAUGCACAAAGACCAGAAGUAAGAAUAGUAACAUGGAAUAAUGAUGAGCUUUCAACAGAUGCUCUGCCAGUACAUGGGUUCGAGCAUUACAGAGCGAAAGACUACUCUCUUGCUCAUGCUCCCUUCUCAGGUAGCAGUUAUGCUGGUGGUCAAUGGGCUGCAGGUGAUGAACCACUUUACUAUAUUGUAUCUCUGAAGGAUGUAGUUAUUGCCAAGCCAAGGGAUACUGAAGAUCAUAUUGCGUGGCUUCUUCAGCAUGGGUGGCAUGAAAAAGCAUUGGCUGUGGUUGAAUCUGGCCAGGGACGAAGUGAACUACUUGAUGAGGUGGGAUCUAGGUACCUUGAUCAUCUGAUCGUGGAAAGAAAAUACAGUGAAGCAGCAUCUCUCUGUCCCAAGUUGCUUCGGGGAUCAGCUCCAGCUUGGGAGAGAUGGGUUUUCCAUUUUGCACAUCUUCGUCAACUUCCUGUUUUAGUUCCUUACAUGCCUACAGAAAACCCCAGACUACGUGACACUGCUUAUGAGGUUGCUCUUGUUGCAUUGGCUACAAAUUCUUCUUUUCAUAAGGAUCUCUUGUCAACUGUAAAAUCCUGGCCUUCUGUAAUUUAUUCUGCAUUACCUGUAAUUUCAGCCAUUGAACCUCAGCUAAAUACUUCGUCCAUGACUGAUUCACUUAAGGAGGCACUGGCAGAGUUGUAUGUAAUCAAUGGGCAAUAUGAGAAGGCCUUCUUGUUGUAUGCCGAUCUUUUGAAACCAGAAGUAUUUGAUUUUAUUGAUAAACAUAACCUACAUGAUGCAAUUCGUGGAAAGGUUGUUCAAUUAAUGAUGCUAGAUUGCAAGCGUGCAGUUCCUUUGUUGAUCCAAAAUAGGGACUUAAUAAGUCCACCCGAAGUUGUGAAGCAACUUCUAAAUGCCGAUGAUAAGAGUGAUCGUAGAUAUUUUUUACAUUUAUAUCUUCAUUCAUUAUUUGAAGUAAAUCCUCAUGCUGGGAAAGACUUCCAUGAUAUGCAGGUAGAACUCUACGCAGACUAUGAUCCAAAGAUGCUACUACCUUUUCUCCGUAGCAGUCAGCACUACACCCUUGAGAAGGCUUAUGAAAUUUGCAUUAAAAGGGACCUAUUGAGGGAGCAAGUCUUCAUUUUAGGAAGGAUGGGAAACUCAAAACAAGCCCUAGCUGUUAUUAUAAACCAUUUGGGGGAUAUAGAGGAGGCUGUAGAGUUUGUCACCAUGCAGCAUGAUGAUGAGCUUUGGGAAGAAUUGAUCAAGCAAUGCCUUCACAAACCUGAAAUGGUGGGCAUAUUGUUGGAGCACACGGUUGGAAAUCUGGAUCCCCUUUACAUUGUAAAUAAGGUUCCUAAUGGGUUGGAAAUACCUCGGCUCCGGGAUCGACUGGUUAAGAUUAUCACUGACUACAGGACUGAAACAUCACUCAGGCAUGGGUGCAAUGAUAUCCUUAAGGCGGAUUGUGUCAAUCUUUUAAUCAAGUAUUACAAAGAGGCAAGGCAUGGAGUUUCUUUAGGUAAUGAAGAAGAUGAGACACGGGUUAAAAUGAGUGACACUCGUGCUUCUCAACUAUUUGAGAAAUCCCCGAAUCUGAGAACUAUGGAGAUGAAGUCAAAGACUCGGGGAGGUGGAAGAUGUUGUAUAUGUUUUGAUCCAUUUUCUAUUCAGAAUGUAUCGGUCAUUGUUUUCUUUUGCUGUCAUGGUUAUCAUACAACUUGUCUCAUGGAUUCAUCUUACACUAGUAGUAACAAGAAAGAAACCACGUCCCUAAAGGCAGGAAUGUAUGAUGAUUACAAUGGUUAUGAGGACGAUGCUAGCGAUGACGCUGAAGAUGAAGAAACCAAAUCGGGUGGCCCACGAAUGCGCUGUAUAUUGUGUACUACUGCUUCUAGUUGAGUGUGUUUUUGUAUGUGUCCACAGUUUGUGUUUGCAUGGUUAAUCUUUUAGUUCGUAGUUCCAUGCACCAAGAGCAUUUGUGGUUUCAUUUGUUGUCAAUUUUUUUUUUAUCAAUAUAAUUAAUCACGGGUUUCACUCCCCAUUUUUUGCAUUGUCUCGAUGUCUUGUGUAUUUCAUAUCUUUGAUCAUAUAAAAUUAUUUAUGCCAUGUGUAUUUUCUAUGUUACCAACCACGUAAUGAAGUUUAAACUUUGUGUA